UUCCAACAAUGAUGAAUGCAAGUGUAAGUCAAUUUGAACUUUGUAUCUUCAGUCCUAUUCUAUACCUUUAGCUCUCUUUUCAUCCAAUCCUGUUUUCUUAAAUCAUGAUAUUACGGAAGAUUUUGUCUUCCUUCGGACAACCGUCGGUAGUAGUCUCGAGAUGGCAAUGAUCGGAUGUAUCGUAUCCUAUUCGCUCCUCCAGUCCUACAUUCAUGCCUCAUGUCAAGUACACUUUAAAAGGCCGCUUGAAAAGCAUAUUAAACCCCAUCUCCUUGUUUAUUUACUUACCAUCGCACGAUCCCGGGUUCACAUGCAUUCUCUGCCAAGCUUCUACUAGUUACCUGAUGUAGAGAGAAAAAAAAAAAAAAAAAGAGAGACCCAGUGAAUACCACGCCAAUAGUCCGGGGUAUUGUACUUAAUGGGUAUGAUUGACUGAUGCGGUUCUUAGCGAAUGUGCCAAUCUUUCAUGGCACCACCAGUCACCCUGAUUCCCCGCACCCCACACAAGCAGAAGUCCAGAUCGACCAGGCUAUAUCAUCAUCAACCGGGGCUGGCCAAGCCAGAAGACACUCCGCUUCUUCAUCCAAGAUGUUGCUCUCAGAUUUGUACAAGUCGACAAAAUCUCCUCUCUCGAGGUUAAGGCAUCACUCGCGUUCGCCCCCCGCACCUCUGGAUUAUGACCCUGACCUCGUGAGUCGAGAUAAAACCAAGCAAAAGGAAGCUAUCAAGCGCGUCCUAGCGGCUAAGGUACGAAAUGACUGGAAUUUCGAGUGGCGACCCGUGACUGCAAAGCCAAACCCGGAAACUGGCGGGACAGAAGCAGCAAGGACAACAGAGGGGCACGAUGACGACGACGUGGUCGUUGAGGACAUCGAUUCAGGAGACGACGCUGCUUCAGUGUACAGCACCGUUUCAGAAGAUCUCACUCAUUUUCGCCCCAGGUCUGAGUGGCUAUCGGAUAUGCCCGAUGAUGAAGACGACGACGACGACGACGUUGCCGUAUCACCAUCAACGGCUUAUCGUUUUGAUAAUCCAGAUGCGGUUGGCACUUUGGUGAAAGUAGCAGCUCUCGCUAAGAGUGCUAAGCGGAGGAGGGCGGUGCGCUCCGAGAUGGAAUGGAAUGAGGGACUUGCUUGCUUCAAUGCUCGACGAGACGCCUGGACAGGCGCCAAGGCAGCACGAAUACGUCCAAAGGCGACUACCCCAGUAGUCACCUCUCCCGCUUCGAAACGUCUUUCAUGGUGGCAUAUUUCAACUUCGCCAUCACCCUCGUCGCCCACAGAAUCGAUAGGCGCGGGUACGACGCUCAGUCGUAGUGCGACGCGCACAUCCGGCGAUACAACUGCCGUUUCGUCAUCGGACGCGGAAUUCAGAGAAACGAGGACCAGAGAGGACUCGUCUACUUAUCCGGUAGAGACUCUAAUACCGAUACCUCAGCCUAUUUUGCCUGUCGCCACUCCUAUGCGUGCUUCUAUCACCGCAGCCGCAUAUCCAACUAUCUACGAUAAGAUCGUAGUUCAAUCCGCGACACCCUCAUGCCCUGUUAAUCUGGGUGAUGUGGUUCGUGCUUGUGUGGCGGGUUGGAAACGAGAUGGCGAAUGGCCCCCCCGAGGCACCGAUCCUCCUGCCGUCGUGGCGGUUCGUAAGAAGACCAACGGUGCGGAGAGUAGAAACAACGCACCGAGACGCAACGCAUCUAAAAGAAUGAGCUUCAGUUUUCUGGGGCGGAGACAGGCGGAUCCAAGCAAUCCAGCAGAAAAUACAUCGCAUCCAGAGAAGGAUGACGGUAGCCACGCGACGGGAAAGGCUUUUAAGAAAAGUUUACAGAAGGUGUUAGGUCUCGGACACGAGAGAACGGCUAGUACCGCUAGCAACCAAGGAUAAAUACGAUGGAACAUGAAAUAAUGGGAGAGAGUAAAUUCUUAAGGAGUCGGAGUUGAAAGAGGUUACCUCGUCAGGGGAGGGAACAAGGGGGAGUCUUGUAUAUCACGACAUGUUCCGCUGGGAUUAUCAGGGGGAAAGCUCGUUCUCAGCAGCAUUCAUGGAAAUAUACCCAGCAUCGCUUUCGGCGUUUUUUUUACAUUAUUAUAGUACUUCAACAACGCGCUAUGUCCUUUUCCUUUUUCCUCCUUUUCGACUUUACGCAUAGCAUACACGCAUAGUGUGGAUAUUGUGUAUAUAGUAUAUAGUUGUUCCAGAAUGAAAGUAGCAGGCGCUGUGCCUUUUCUUUUCA